GAACAUGUAGUUUUGGACCUGUGUUUAGGGUUUCAGAAUUCGCGGUUCCGUACCCUAAUUAGAAAGACAGGACAUGAACAGGUUCUUGGAAUGGUUUCAGUUUCAAAUCAGUUUUUGGCUAGCUAUCUCUAUUGCUGCGGAUCCGGUCCCAUUACAUUUAUAAUUAUAAUCCGUCUUAAUUCUGAUUAUGACUCGGCAGGUUCAGUUUUGGGCCAGUUAUUCCGUGCAAAUUAAGCAGAAAAAAAAGAAAAAAAAAAAACCCUUCCCUCUCCCGCCAAUUUCUUUUUAGCUUGAACUGAGCAGUUGCAGUUGUAAUGAAUAAAGCUUGUGCUGUGCGCCCAAAAGAAAAAAAAAGAAAAGAGCUUUUUGCUCUUCAACAGCCACCCAUCAGUUUCCAUUAACAUUUCUUGGUUUUCACAUAAUGCUUUACACUUUCAAAACCCACAAACUACAACAACAAAGUCUUCCACACCACUUUAAGUUGUAUACUUACCACUUCAAUCUUCUACAUUCCCUCUCUUUCGAACCAGGCCAGACUAAUAUCUCCACAAUUCUGUCAAAUCUCUUACAAGGUCGCAUUUCACAUACCCAUCUUCUCCAAAUCCAUGCCAAAGUCUUUCGUCUUCAUACUCAUCAAGACAAUUUGAUAGCAACUCGUCUAAUUGGCCACUACCCGCCUCGUGUUUCUCUUCGCAUUUUCGAUCAACUUCGAAACCCAAAUUUAUUUCCUUUCAAUGCAAUUAUUAGAGUCUUUGCUAAUGAGAAUCGUUAUCACGAGUCUUUCUCUCUGUUCAAGAGAUUAAAAUGGCAGCUCCUUUCGCCUAAUGACUUGACAUUUUCUUUUAUAUUGAAGGCUUGUUUUGGUUCCAAGAAUUCAUUUUUAGUGAAACAAAUCCAUACCCAUAUCUUGAAAUAUGGUCUUGUUAAUGACCCUUUUAUUUGUAAUGGUCUUGUAGCUGUUUAUGCUAAGGGCGUUAAUCAUUUGGCAUGUGCACGUACGUUGUUUGAUGAAAUGCCUGAGAAAGGUUUGCUUUGUUGUUGGACUUCUUUAAUUUCUGGUUUUGCUCAGUCAGGUUAUUCUGAGGAAGUUUUGAAGAUCUUUUGUUUGAUGGUUAAGGAGAAUUUGGAGCCAGAGAAUGAUACUAUGGUUAGUGUUUUCUCAGCAUGCUCAAAUCUUGAGAUUUGCCAAAUUGAAAAAUGGUUAACUGUUCUAGUAGAACUUAAUAUAGAUGGCAAUUUGAAAAGCUCCACUUGUGAUAAAGUCAACAACGUUCUUGUGUAUUUAUAUGGAAAAUUGGGGAAGAUUGAAAAGAGUAGGGAAAGAUUUGAUGAUAUUAGUGAUAGUGGGAAAAGAAGUGUGCUUCCCUGGAAUUCUAUGAUAAAUGCAUAUGUGCAAAAUGGUUAUGCUUUGGAGGCUUUAUGUAUUUUUCGCUUGAUGGUGAAGGAUCCUAAUUCUAGACCCAACCAUGUUACAAUGGUCAGUGUGCUUUCGGCUUGUGCUCAAGUUGGUAAUCUAGAGCUCGGAAGGUGGGUUCAUGAAUACCUUAAAUUUAAAGGCCGCAAAGGUGUUUUAGAGUCCAACACAUUCCUAGCCACUGCAUUGAUAGAUAUGUACUCUAAAUGUGGUAGUUUGGACAAGGCAAAGGAGGUGUUCUACCAGAUGGUUUCCAAAGAUGUUGUCUCAUUCAAUGCUAUGAUAAUGGGUCUCGCGAUAAAUGGUGAAGGGCAGGAGGCAGUUAAACUUUUCUCAAAAGUACAAGAGUUAGGUUUACAUCCUAAUGGUGGAACAUUCCUUGGCCUUUUAUGGGCUUGCAGCCACUCGGGAUUAUCAGAUGAAGGACGCCAAAUAUUCCUAGACAUGUGCUCACGCUUUUUUGUCCUUCCUAAAUUGGAACACUAUGCAUGCUAUAUUGAUCUUCUUUCCCGAGAGGGCCAUUUGGAAGAAGCAGUCAAGGUUGCGGCAUCCAUGCCAUUCAAGCCUAAUAAUUUUGUGUGGGGGGCAUUGCUUGGGGGUUGCCUGCUCCACUCUAAAGUAGAGUUGGCUAAAAAUAUUUACAAAAGGCUUGUUGAAGUAGACCCAGAAAAUUCCGCAGGAUAUGUGAUGUUAGCUAACGUGUUUGCAGUUGAUCAUCAAUGGAGUGAUGUAUCGGCAUUAAGAUGGCUUAUGAGGGAGAAAGGUGUCAAGAAACAGCCAGGUUGUAGCUGGAUCAGCAUUAAUGGAAUUGUGCAUGAAUUUCUAGUGGGGUCCCCAUUGAUUCCGCAAAUUGAGAGCAUAUAUCAUACUUUAAAUGCGUUAAUGAAGGAUCUGAAUAUAGCAAGUGCUUAGAAUAUGCCAAAGCGCUAUAUAUUGCGUGACGGAUGUCUUGAGUACCACAUUGGAUUGCUAAUGAUGGCCUUAGUUGGAUGAUUUCUUCGACAAAAUUGGUUCCGUCACACCAAAGGUGGAGGAUCAUUAUUGUCCUUGUGCAGGACUCUAGCUAGCGAGGUUCCUAGGAAGAGAAUUGGUGGUUGUAAAGGGGUGGUGCUGCUGCUAUGGAGGUGGAGUGGAUCGAAAAAUGUUUCUGUUCUUUAUCAAUGACAGGGAACAAAGAAAUCAUUUCAACUAGUUCGUUAGAUGCAGUUGGGAACAUGGAAAUCAUGACACAAAAAGAUCCACAAAUUGAGGUUGAAAUAGGGAGCGAAAUACCAGAAGAGGAUGAUAAUGGUGGAUUUCAUCAUCUGCUAUGAAGAGAUCGAACCAUAACGGAUGAGAAGCGAGCGUGUAGAGGAAAGGCAUGAGCUGGUUCGACCGGUGGGAAGUAUGUAGCAGAUUAGCACAGGAAAUUCGGCCUUGGCAGUGCAGAGCAAAGUAUAAAGAGUCUGCAGCCAAGGGGUAUUAUUCAUAGCUGUGAAGGCUGCGAGGAAAGUGAAGAGAGGUCGAUAAUGCAGCCUGUUAAGCAAACUCAAUGUCCUUUAAAAGAUGCAGAUAUGACUACGGGAAGCUUCUUUUCCUGUUAUUUAUCCAGUUUACAUGUAUGUUAAAGUCUGUUCACAAUCAUCUUUUUUAGCUUGAUUUUAAGAUCAAAAGUAAAGAGUUAAGUUUCUUUUAUAAUUGAA